GAAUGACGUGGACCGUUGCUGACGGGGAGGUCUGGUAGAAGGAUGAUUGUGGAUGUGGUGUAACUUGGCAUAUAAGCAUACAGGAUGACAACAUACGAGGAAUUCAUCCAGCAGAAUGAAGAACGCGAUGGGGUGAGAUUCACAUGGAAUGUUUGGCCAUCGAGCCGAAUAGAGACAACACGUUUAGUUGUGCCUCUUGGCUGUUUGUAUCAGCCAUUAAAGGAGAGACCAGAUUUACCUCCAAUUCAAUAUGACCCAGUGUUAUGCAGCCGGAACACAUGUAGAGCAAUUCUCAACCCUUUGUGUCAGGUGGACUAUCGUGCUAAACUCUGGGUGUGCAAUUUUUGCUUACAAAGGAAUCCUUUUCCACCACAGUAUGCCGCAAUAUCAGAACAACAUCAACCAGCAGAAGUCAUUCCAAUGUUUUCUACCAUUGAAUAUAUCAUAACUCGUGCACAAUGUUUACCACCCAUUUUCCUCCUAGUGGUGGACACAUGUAUUGAUGAUGAAGAAUUAAGUGCACUGAAAGAUUCUCUGCAAAUGUCUCUUAGUUUACUUCCUCCUGAUGCUCUUAUUGGUCUCGUCACAUUUGGAAAAAUCAUACAGGUGCAUGAGCUGGGCUGCGAAGGAAUUUCAAAAAGCUAUGCUUUUAGGGGCACUAAAGAUUACACAGCAAAGCAGAUUCAAGAUAUGCUAGGAAUCGGGAAAUUCAGCGCACCUCAGCAGCAGCAACCUCGAGGUCCUGGAGGACAGGUGUUACCACCAGCUAACAGGUUUCUGCAGCCAGUGCACAAAUGUGACAUGAGCCUUACUGAUUUACUUGGAGAACUGCAGCGUGAUCCUUGGCCAGUGGCCCAAGGUAAACGGUCGCUCCGAUCUACAGGCGUUGCUUUGUCCAUUGCUGUUGGAUUACUGGAGGUUUCUCUUGGUUUGGCUCCUGUUUCUAAAAUCACUACUAUCAUGUGCACAUACCCAAAUACAGGAGCAAGGAUCAUGCUAUUUGUAGGAGGGCCUUGCUCUCAAGGACCUGGUCAAGUGGUGAAUGAUGAUCUUCGUCAACCAAUCAGGUCGCAUCAUGACAUCCACAGAGAUAAUGCGACCUACAUGAAGAAGGCCACAAAACAUUAUGAGGCCCUGGCCGUGCGUGCCGCCACAAAUGGUCACGCCGUAGAUAUUUAUUCAUGUGCUCUGGACCAAACAGGGCUGUUAGAAAUGAAGCAGUGUUGUAACUCUACAGGUGGCCACAUGGUUAUGGGUGAUUGCUUCGACUCAUCUCUAUUUAAACAGACUUUUCAGAGAGUAUUUUCUAGGGACCAGAAAGGAGAAUUAAAAAUGGCUUUCAACGGGACCCUAGAAGUGAAGACUUCAAGAGAGUUGAAAGUAUCAGGAGCCAUUGGUUCAUGUGUGUCCCUUAAUGUGAAAGGACCGUGUGUUUCUGACACAGAAAUAGGAAUGGGAAGUACGUGCCAGUGGAAGUUGUGUACAUUCAAUCCAAAUUCAACAUGUGCACUGUUCUUUGAAGUUGUGAGUCAGCAUCCUGCACCGAUACCUCAAGGUGGUAGAGGCUGUAUCCAAAUGAUCACACAGUAUCAGCAUUCCAGUGGACAGAGGCGCAUACGAGUCACAACUAUAGCUAGAAAUUGGGCAGAUGCUUCAACCAAUUUACAUCAUAUAAGUGCUGGAUUCGACCAAGAAGCUGCAGCUGUGUUAAUGGCCAGGAUGGUUGUGUAUAGAGCGGAGACAGAUGACGGGCCAGAUGUGUUACGAUGGGUAGAUCGCAUGCUCAUCAGACUUUGUCAGAAGUUUGGUGAAUAUGGAAAAGAUGAUCCAAACAGCUUCCGCCUACCAGACAACUUUACUCUUUAUCCACAAUUUAUGUAUCACCUACGGCGGUCACAUUUUCUCCAAGUUUUCAAUAAUAGCCCUGAUGAAACAUCCUACUACAGACAUAUGUUAAUGAGAGAGGAUGUGGCGCAAUCUCUCACUAUGAUCCAACCAAUACUAUACAGCUACAGCUUCAAUGGGCCACCCGAGCCCGUACUUUUGGACACUAGCAGUAUACAGCCUGACCGUAUUCUCCUUAUGGACACAUUCUUUCAGAUACUCAUCUUCCAUGGAGAGACCAUAGCUCAGUGGCGAUCUUUACAUUACCAAGAUAUGCCAGAAUAUGAGAACUUCCUGCAGCUGCUCCAGGCACCUAUAGAUGAUGCACAAGAAAUUCUUCAGACACGAUUCCCAAUGCCUCGCUAUAUUGAUACAGUGCAGGGGGGCUCACAGGCCCGAUUUCUGCUGUCAAAAGUCAAUCCUUCACAAACUCAUAACAACAUGUAUGCCUAUGGAGGGGCGAUGCCGAUUCCAAAUGCGGAAAGUGGUUCUCCUGUCUUAACAGAUGAUGUCAGCUUGCAAGUUUUUAUGGAACAUCUCAAGAAGCUGGCUGUUUCUUCAACUGCGUAGAUUUUAUGAACUUUAUGUUCAUUGGUGCAUUAAUUGUGGUACAUAUUGUGUGAUUACUGUUGAGCAGUAUUUCAGCUCUGUUGCACACAACUUUAAUGUGGAAACACUUGCAUCCUGAAUUAUAUAUACUUACUGUGUAUUCAAACUGUAGUCAGUCUAUUUAAUAAGGUCUCUUUCCGUAAUUAUUUUUUAUUAAUACUGUUCAGAAAUGUUAUAAAUAUAAGGAAGUUCUCAGUCAUUGUAAAUUAAAUUUGUAAGGGCAGGUCAUAAAAUUCCAGGACUUUUUUAUGAAAACUGAAAAUCAUAUCAGUUGAUCACAUUCAUUGCCUUCAAAGUAGUCCACCCGUGAUUGAACAUAAUGAUUCUAGUUGUCAUGUCAGUGGUUAAAGAACUUCUGUAUGGGAGAAAUGUUUUACAAGACAGUUGUGUUUGAGAGAAGAUAGUGCAUAUGAGGGUGUCUAGACUGGCAGUGCAAAAAUUUGUCAUUAAGAUAAAUAUAGUUUGAUAAGAAGACAUCUGGACCACAUGAUUUGAUGAAGCUGAAGACGGCACUGUAUCCCAUAAUUUUUAAGAAUCACUUCAGAAAAUGAGCUUUUUCCAGUCAGUAGUAUUCUAAAGAGGGCUAAAUAAAUUAAUAAACAGAAUUUGAGAAUUUUUAGGUUAAAGUUAUCUGGGAGGUGGAAGUUAUUAAACCCAUUGUUUAGACAAGACGUUGCUUGUACAAGUUUUGUUGGUGAAUCUAUAACAAAUCUAGGACAAAUGAUACCAUGUAUUGCAGGUUAAUUAAACUUGAAAGCAUAUGAAUUCUGUGGUCAGAAAUUGUUGAUUUAUGUACCCAAAAUAUGUCUCCAAAAGAACAUUUGCAUUGUUUACUUUGUUACUUUUUUCGAUUACCCGCAUCAUUCAUUUCGUCCCAUGAGAAAGAGCUUAUCUUCAGUAUGGACUAAGAUUAAGGUUUUAGCAUCCAGUAGAAUAAGUUCCAGAAUUUUAUGAUCAGCCCUUGUUUCACGUCAAUAGACUUCAUAUAGUUAAAUGUCAAAGGGUAUUAAAAUUUUGAAUUUGUGAA